UGUCGAGCAACGGACGCCACUUGUCGCAAUACUUGUGAUUAAGCAUCCCAUGCCAUGCCGACUCCUUAUCCUCUGGCCGUCCUCCCACCAACGAAAUGCCCGCUACAUCUUCUCUACCGUGCGGUUUCCAUUCCCUUCCUUUCACUGCUUUGCUGCGAGCAGUAAGAUCAAAUUAAAGUCGCGGAUGGAGAACCUGACAGCUAGCGAGAUAGCUGGGUUCGGAGUGGGAACUCUCCUGCUGUGCGCAACCAUAGCCGCCACUAAAGUCGACGCCUUCAUCUCAUCCUCCCAGAGGAGUAGUCACCAUGGGAUCAUCCUCGAGAGUUAUGGGAGCCAAAUGAAAGGAAUCCGGUCACCUUUAAAGUUAAUGGCAUUGGAUGAUUCUUUGGGCAUGUGUAAGAGAUGCGGAGAUCUAAGAAUGAUUGCAUGCUCGCGGUGUAAAGGAGUUCGAUCAGCCAAGAAAGGAGGCCCCUUUAGUUUCAUCAUGUUGGAAGAGAUUUCUGAGGCUUUGGGAGAUGGAAGAACCCAAAAACAGUUGACACCAUGCAUUAAUUGUCAAUCUAAGGGAAGAUUGCCAUGUCCGAAUUGCUUGAAGCUAUCCUGAUACUUCCUAUUUCCUCGGAUAUAUUUCAUCCAAGUUUCAUAAAAUGUUUUCUGCCGGAGGACAAAAGACACCAACUUCACCAAUUUUACAGGCUGUUAACGUUUUCAAGUGUGAGCAAUCAAAAUGGCAAUGCUAUAUAUCACAGGUGGCAUACGUGCUAACAUGCAGGGGUAGCGACUGCGAACUUGUCUGUCGAUGGCAAGCUAGUUGCCAACAUUCUCAAUGUAUUUUUCAAACGUUGCACUGAAAAUGUCACUGUUUAUGGUUAGCAAGUACUUCGAUUGUUGAAGUAAUUGACAAAAUGUGUUGGUGAAAUAUUCGAUUUUAGUUUGCAUCA